CGGCGCGACAUUGCGACCGGACGCGGCGACACCAGCGGAAAUGACUAUCAGCACCACGACCACUCGAUCGGCGGAGUCGAUCGUCACGAAACGGGACCAGCAGCAACCACCACAGCUCAACAGUGGACACGAUCGGUUGCGACGGCCGAGAACGCAGCAUCCAGCAAUGAUGGUGACUAGCUUUCUGUCCAAACCCAUCCUACCGGGCGCAAUGGCGCACAGCGCACUGCUACUAGCGAUACUGCUCGUGACCUCCUGCGCCAUGCCCACCGUCCAAGGGAAGCUGCAGCUGUGCGAGGUGGAAACGGGCCAGUCCAGCAUCAUUCUGGACAUCGAGGAAAGCCGCGGUAGUUCCGUGGCGCAACACACAAACCCACCGGAGCUACCGAUCUCUGGUGACCCGAACGAUGACAUCACCCUCGAGCUAGUCUUCCCAAAGGGCAAACCAACCUUCCUGCUGGAUGGCAAAUCAUUGCGACUGAUCCAUCCACUAGAUCGCGACGAGGAAAAUCUGAGCCACAUCGUGUUCCAGAUAACCUGUAUGGUGCGGUCAACGCGCCGCAAGCGCAACAUACCAAUAAUCGUCCGAGUGUCGGAUGUCAACGAUAAUCCACCGAUGUUUAUCAACACACCGUACGAAACAACUGUCCCAGAGUCAACACCCGUCGGGACGACGAUUUUCCGCGGUAUACAGGCCACGGAUAAGGAUGCCGGCGUGAACGGGCUGGUCGAGUACUUCAUCGUCGAGGGAUCGCCGAAUAUUUCGGACAUUUCGCCAAACACCCUAACGGCAGCGGAUGGUUUUGGGGUGUUCGCUAUUGCCUAUCCCCACCAGGGACAGGUCACCGUGGUCAAGACGCUGGAUUACGAACGAACGCAGCGGUACUACCUGACCGUCGUUGCAUCGGACCGUGCUCGAAAUGCUACCGAGCGCCUAUCCGCUACAACAACUUUAACCAUCGACAUUGCUGACUCGGACGAUCAGGACCCGUCCUUUAUUUAUCGCGGGUGUGUUUUGCUGGACGGAGCAUGCCUUAACCCGGAGUAUAGUGCCUCUGUACCGGCCGGUACGUUACAGGGUGUGCUGACCGUUACACCGGAACGUAUUCAAGCCGUUGAUCUCGACACGAUCAGUGCACCCAUCCGGUAUUCGUUCCUGAGCGGUAUACCCGGCAACUAUGGCGAUUAUUUCGAGAUCGAUCCGCAGACGGGUGUGCUGAAGCAGACCAAGCUGGUGGAUGCUUCGGUGACGGCCAAAAAGUUUGACAUCAUCGUGAAAGCGGAGGAAGUGUCCGAUAUGAAGCGAUACACCACCGCCAAACUGUCGAUCAAUGUUAAGCCUGUCGAUGCGUAUCCACCGAUGAUAAGUAUUACCGCCACGGAGGGUUUUGUGGAUGAAAAUUCUCCCAUCGGUACGGUGGUGAUGGAUGCGCACGGUAGCCCGAUUAAGCUGUCCACCACCGAUCAGGAUCUCGGCACGGAAGGGGAAGGUAUGGAGUAUAUCUACGAGGUAACAACGCCUUCGUUUACCGUAUCGAAGGAGGGAAUAUUGCGCGUUAACGAGGAAGGAUUGGACCGUGAUCCUCCCAGUCCGGGCAAAUACCUUUUCCAGGUGGUGGCACGAGAAGCGAGUGGCAAUGCGGCCAGUGCGCCCAUGAGCCUUAUCGUGAACUUGCGCGACAUUAACGACAAUGCACCGAAGCUGGCAAUGGUUGCACCGGUUACCCUGAUGGCUGGAGAUGGACGACGGUUGGUGACAAAGGUACAAGCUACCGAUAAUGAUGCCGCUGAUAAUGCCGUCAUUACGUACUCGAUCUUCCACGUGUCGAAUAACGGUGCAAGCAAGUUUGCCAUCGAUCCAGCCACGGGUGAGAUUGAAACCAGGACACGUUUAAAUGCUGGUGAGCAGUAUAGCAUCACGGUACAGGCGUCGGACAUUGGUGGACUGUCGUCGCAAGCCAUCGUAGAGGUUACGAUCACACCGGGACCAAACACGAAGCCACCACGAUUCGCCAAACCAGUUUAUGAAGUUCAAGUGAGCGAGGGAGCCGAAAUCAACUCUACCGUAAUCGUGCUCAAGGCGGAAGAUCCUGAAAAUGAUCCGGUAAGCUAUGCCAUUACGACCGGUAACGAUCUGAGACAGUUUUCGAUCGGCAAGGAUAGUGGCGUAAUCAGCGUGAUCCGGAAGCUUGAUCGUGAGGAUCUUACCCGCUAUCAGCUGAUUGUAAGAGCGGAAGACAACGGAGGGCUAGCCAGCAGUGCCACCGUUAACAUUAAGGUUACGGAUAUUAAUGACAAAAAUCCCGAGUUUGAUGAACGUAAGCUGCCGUACGUGUUUGCGGUGGACGAGGGUAAAGAGAACGUUGUGAUCGGAACAGUGCACGCGACCGAUGCCGAUGAAGGUAUGAACGCAGAAAUUACAUACACGAUCCCGUCGGACAUUCCGUUCAAGAUUGAUUCAAAGUCCGGCGAGGUGCGCACAAAGCUAGCGCUUGACUACGAGAAGCAAAAGGAGUACCGGUUUGUCGUGACGGCAAAGGACGGUGCACCGGAACCGCGUCUCGGUACGGCCAGCGUGACGGUGAAGGUGCGGGACAUACCGGACGAAGUGCCCCGCUUUAUGGAAUCCACUUUGGAGGUGAAAAUACCGGAAAACGUGCCUGACAUGACGGUUACCACGGUGCGGGCCUUCGAUCCGGACACGAAACCCGAGAUUACGUACGCCUUGAAGCGCGGUCCGGGCGAUCUGUUCAAGGUGGACGCUCGCACGGGUCAGAUAAAGACGAUACGCGGGCUGGACUACGAGAAGGACAAAAUGCACGAGCUGAUCGUUGGUACGCUGGAAAACAAUGGUACGAAUCCGGGCGACUACAUACGGAUCAUGGUAGAGGUGGAGGACCGGAACGAUAUUCCACCGGUGUUUGUUUCGAUUCCCGAACCCGUCACCAUCAACGACAAUCUUCCGAUCGGUGCAAUCGUUGGCUCGAUGCCGGCGGUCGACGGUGAUGGAUCCUCGCCGGGCAACGUCGUGCGGUACGAGUUGGUCGGUCGCGGUAAAGCACUGAAAUACUUCCAGGUCGAUGCUGACUCGGGUGUCGUACGGAUACGCGACGAUCUGGGCAAGAAGGAGGACAGCGAGUAUCUGAUCGAUGUACGUGCGUUUGAUAUGGGCGAACCGCAGCUGAGCAGUGUUUCGACACUGCCCGUUUAUGUUGGCCACAUCCCUGCCAAUCCGAAUGGCGAUUCGGCUGAAUCAAGGCUCGAGAACGGUGGCAUCGUAAAUCUGGAGGUUCAGGGACUUGCAUUUAGUGACGAUAGUUACACUACAAGCGUACCGGAGUCAACGGGAGUUAACGCGACCGUAAAGCUUAUCCAAAUUAUCAACUCAAAGAAAGCAACCAAACACAACGGUGGCUUCAGCUGCGAACUGUUCGGUAAUGAUGAGGGACAAAAAUUGUUCCGUGUCACCAUUGAGGACCAUGCCUGUGCACUGAUACUGAUCGCACCAUUAGACUACGAGACAGCCGCCAGCCACACGCUUGAGGUUCGGCUAGCAUCUAACAAGUAUUUUGUUAACCAGCACAAAAACACUGCCACGGUUAAGGUGAUUGUGCAGGACGAGAAUGACAAUGUGCCACAGUUUGUGUUCCCCAAGACGUACCAACAAAGCACACGUAACGAUACAUACUACGCCGUGAUUAAUGCCGAUGCGGACAUCGAAACACCAUUGAUGCAGGUGAAGGCAACCGAUCGUGACAUCGGCCCGUUCGGACAGAUCAAGUACACGUUGCUGGAUGUUGAUGAACAGUUGAACGAAAUCCCGCACGACGAUGCACCCAGCUCGUACUUUACGAUCAGCGAAGACACCGGAAUGCUAAAAACGGCCAAAUCCUUCCAGAGCGUUCGUCAAAUGCCGCUCGUAUUUUUGGUGGAGGCACGCGACAAUAAUGGUAACACUUCCAGCGGUACGGUACAUAAGGCACGGGCACGAAUUGUGGUUAAUCUGAUUGCGGACAUUAAUCGAAUGACGCUCGUGUUUCUGGACUCGAAUCCAAAGGAUAUGCGUCGCCAUGCGCGCAAUCUCGAGGAACUGUUGCACGAAAAGACGGAUGGUUUGAUAACGGGCAUCGAGCGGGUCAGCGUACGUAAGAUACUGAACGAGAACGGUACUGCGGAGGAGGUGAACGGUGCAACCGAUGUGUGGUUCUACGCCGUCGAUCCGCAAACGGAGCGCAUACUGGAGCGCAACUCAAGCACGAUCGCAAAGCGCGUCUUUGCACCAGCCAUCUUAUCGCAGAUCAACUUCGAAGCGUCCAGCAUUGCACGUGCUACCGCGCAAGGCAUUUUUGGACCGAUCGAACCGAAGCUUCCGAUACAGAAAAUUAAAGCUACCAUCGUGGGAAAUGAUGACGUGUUUCCGUUUGCGCUCAUUGCCGUGGCGAUUGUAAUUCUUAUUUUGGGUUCUAUCGGAAUCGUAUACAUUUGUAUAUCGUGGUCGAAAUACAAAAACUUUAAGCAAAGAAUGCGCCAGUACACUGCUCCUGCUAGCCCCGUACGCUAUGAUCCGGUCAUGAUCAAUUCCCAACAGCAAGCACCGUCCGAAAAUCCGACCAGCUUGAAAGAGUACGAAACACAGGUCCUUGCCAUGGCUGUGCCGCUUGCCGACGAGGGUGACGAUUUGCAGCUCGACUUUAGUGCCAAAAAUCAUGCCUUCAGUCUUGACAACGUUAGCUACAUUACGCACAAAGAAAAUGGUCAGCACAGUCCUACCAACUCCGACGCAACGACCGCUGUUGUUGGCACACUGCAGCGUAACAACAAUAAUAACACUAAGAACAACAACAAUCUCAAUAUCAAUAAUCGCCAAAACACGCUCAACCGAACGCUUGAAAUGAACCGCAACAACUAUCUCAAUCCGCUAGGUUCCGGUGGAAAUGGUGCGGUACCCGGAACGCUAACGCUUGGACGCAUAAAAUCCGAACGGAACAAUUACAUCAAUGGGUACGGUGAUACGCUGAACCGGAAUAAUUUAACUAUGGCUCAAAACAACACGUUCAACACCCUCGGUCGCAACCAGAGAAACAUCAACCACGCGCCACAGCAACAUAACAACUCUAACCAUGCGUCGAACAACAUUAACCUGAACCAGGGCCAUCAUCAUCAUCAUCCGAUGCACAACGGUGGCGGUUACGUGGGGACGGAAAUCGUGACCAACACGCUCGGUCGCAACAAUCGCUACAAUGAUGUGCCAAUAACGAAUCCUCUGUUUCACAUUCGACAAAACGGAGAUUUACAAUCACAACCACAGCUGAACCAUAUCAGCGCAACGAACGAAAACGUUAGCUUUGGCAAGCGGGACUACAAUCAGCUUUCCUUCUCCUACCUAAACGAUCUGGAUCGAUCCGAUGCGGAAACUACCACGGAACUGUAA